AUGCCGAGGAGGAGGAGCCACCGAGGGUCCUCCGGUGCUGGCGGCCGGGGGCGGACCUGCUCUCGCACCGUCCGAGCGGAGCUUUCGUUUUCGGUGAGCCAGGUGGAGCGCGGUCUACGAGAGGGCCACUACGCUCAGCGCCUGAGUCGCACGGCGCCGGUCUACCUCGCUGCGGUUAUUGAGUACCUGACGGCCAAGGUCCUGGAGCUGGCGGGCAACGAGGCCCAGAACAACGGAGAGAGGAACAUCACUCCCCUGCUGCUGGACAUGGUGGUUCACAACAACAGGCUGCUGAGCACCCUUUUCCACACAACCACCAUCUCUCGAGUGGCCCCCGGCGGGGACUAG